AGGCCCCUGGGGGGAGGCUUCCUGCUUCACUCGCAGGUUUCUCCAAGUGCCUUCUCACUCCUGUCUGCUACCUUAGCUAGCCAGCUGGGGGUUCUUGAGCUGCUGCUGGUGGCGGAGAGGGGGCGAAAGUGUACCCUGUGGCCUCCUGUGGAGAGAUGCUAGGUGCCUGGGAUAGAAGAGACCGGCCCCCUGAAGAGGGGGCAGCUGCUGCCCUGCAGGGCUUCGCCGUGGACAAGACCUUCCUGUCCUCCUUCAAAGGCAUCCUGCUGGAGAUCGAGCUGGCUCUGACUUUCAUCAUUUUCAUCUGCUUCACGGCCUCCAUCUCUGCCUACAUGGCUGCUGCAUUGCUGGAGUUCUUCAUCACACUUGCCUUCCUCUUCCUCUAUGCCACCCAGUACUACCAGCGCUUUGACCGGCUCAACUGGCCCUGCUUGGACUUCCUCCGUUGCAUCAGUGCCAUCAUCAUCUUCUUGGUGGUGUCCUUUGCUGCUGUGACAUCCCGGGAUGGAGCUGCCAUAGCUGCUUUUGUGAGUCUAGCCCUGUGGGGCUCUGCCACCUGUGGGGCUCUGCCACCCAACCCCAGGUCUCUGGCUGGUUUUUGGCAUCAUUCUGGUUUCUGUCUUUGCCUAUGAUGCUUUUAAGACCUACCGGACUGAGUUGGCGCCUAGGGCCACCCAAGGGGAUCCGCAGUGACUCUGGGAUUAAGUGGCCCCCUGCUGCAGUGAGGCCCAAGAUGGUGACGUCUAGGCAUAUCUCUCUUGGAGUUCAGACCUGCAGAGGUGCCUGUCUGAGACAUCCCUGGACAUGCAUCUGUGGAGCCUCGCGCUCUGGAUUCUGGCCCUUGAUGGAGCCCUGGACAGAAGAGAGGGGGACUUAGGGAAGGAAGGGGAAAGAGUAAUGGGAGCUGGUCCUCCAAGUCAGCCCCAAAUUAAAAGAUUUG